GUCCAGCCCGGCUAUAUUUUGCCCCUUCCAGCCCAGCAUCAUCCCAAAAGUUUUUUUUGGGGGGAAAAGGGGGAAAAAAAUAAAAAAAAAAAGAGAGGAAAAAGAAAAGAAAAGAAACCAAAACAAACGCGGGCGAUCCCGAGUCCCCCGAAGGCAGGCGAAGGAGGCGAGCGGCGGGCGGCUGCUCAGCGGUGCUGGACUCGGUGGAACGCGGCGGGACCCCGAUUCUCUCUCCGGCACCCGGUCGGGUCUGACACAAAGUGCUGUCCAGCUGGAAUGAAUAUAUCUGAGUCUAACUACUGCCGAGAGGAGAUAUCGCAACCCCGGGGCGACUGUUCAUGGGUCACCGCCGCCGUGCCGGCCGCUGAGCCCGGGCUCGCCUUCCCGCGCCCCCCGGGAGCCGCCUCCCCCUCCAGCCGCACGCCCAGCCCCGAGCCCGGCUUCGCCUUCGGCCCCGGCCCCGGCGGCGCGGCCCCCGGCGCGGCCCCCAGCCGCACGCCCAGCCCCGAGCCGGGCUAUGGAUACAGCCCCCCGGCCGGUCGCCCCGAGGGCAAGGCCGCCGAGGAUUCCCGCAUCCGCCGGCCCAUGAACGCCUUCAUGGUCUGGGCGAAGGAUGAGCGCAAGCGGCUGGCGCAGCAGAACCCCGACCUGCACAACGCCGUGCUCAGCAAGAUGCUGGGCCAGUCGUGGAAAGCGCUGAGCGCCAGCGACAAGCGUCCCUUCGUGGAAGAGGCAGAGCGACUGCGAAUCCAGCAUCUCCAGGAUCACCCCAACUACAAGUACCGCCCAAGGAGAAAGAAGCAAGCCAAGAAAAUCAAGAGGAUGGAACCCAAUAUCCUCCUGCAUAACCUUUCCCAGCCUUGCAGUGACAACUUCAGCAUGAGUCACCAUGGCGGCAGCCAGCCGGGCCACCCCCAGCCUCCCCCACUUAACCACUUCAGAGAACUCCACUCCAUGGGGUCGGAUAUUGAAAACUAUGGCUUGCCAACUCCUGAGAUGUCUCCCUUGGAUGUCUUGGAACAGACCGAGCCGGCGUUUUUCCCUCCGCACAUGCAGGAUGACUGCAACAUGAUGCCCUUUCGCGGCUACCACCACCAUCACCAGAUGGAGUUUCCCCAGGAGAAGUGCAUGGGGCGGGACGUGGCCGUGCCCUAUGCGCAGACCCCCUCACACUUGGCCGACGCCAUGAGGACUCCCCAUCCCUCCAGCAUAUACUACAACCAGAUGUGCUCGGGAACUCAGAACGGGCUUUCCGCCCACCUGGGCCAGCUCUCGCCCCCGCCUGAAGCCCAUCACAUGGAGAGCGUGGAUCACUUGAACCAAACCGAGCUCUGGACAGACGUUGACCGCAACGAGUUUGACCAGUAUUUGAACAUGAGCAGGACUCGUCCCGAAGCCUCGGGACUCCCUUACCAUGUCUCCCUGUCCAAAGUGACUCCUAGAAGUAUCUCCUGCGAGGAGAGCAGUUUGAUAUCCGCCCUGUCCGAUGCCAGCAGUGCUGUUUACUAUAGCCCCUGCAUCACCGGUUAGGUUGGUCCCACGGCACGAUGCACACACCAGGAGAGCCCCGACUCUCCUCUAAAAGCAAAAAACCAUCCUCCUUUAACCACGAGCUCCAUCAUAUUUAGAGUAUCUCAUUAAAUGCAUCGCUUUCUUGUUUGUUCUUUUUUUAUUUUGAUUUUUUUUUUAUUUUUUUAGAGACAGAUCAUGCUGAACUCACUGAUAUACCGUAUAACUAUAUAACACAGAUAGACGCCUUUCCCCACCGCGCUCCCUGCUCCAGCCCUUGGCAGGGCACAGCUCUAGCUCCCACCAGCUCCAAGGGGCAUUUUAAAGCCAAUUCCAGUAAAUCCUGCCUGAAACAACCACACCAGGAUGAGCCGAAGUGACCUGCCCCCAGUAUUUAACCCAAUGGCAGGCGAAUUUGUAGGGGGGGAAACUUUUAGGAAGACUUUGCCAGGGCUGUUAAAGAGUCGGCGCCCAUUAGGGGUGGGCUUUAGGACAGUUUUUACUGUAUUCUCAGCAAUAUAUUUUAAUUGGGCAACAAAACUAUAUUUUUACUAAGCAUUUUUAUAUAUAAAAUGGUAUUUAAUGUCUUUUGGGGUUUUUUUUAUUAGACUUUUUAAAAAGAAAACGAGGGAUAUCCAUGAGAUCUAAAGCAUUUAUGUAGCAAAGCUGGAUUUAAAAAAAAAAAAAAAAAAAAAAAACCAAAAUAAAAAAAAAAACGGAGGAGAAGAAAAAAAGGAGAUAUUUUGUGAAAAGGGAAUGAAAAUGUAAAUAUUGUGGAACAAUUGACUGGAAUUUUGUACAAAAGAAAAAUAUGACUGCAAACACUUUUAUUGUCUAGAACUGUAUGGAGAGCAAACUGUUUUAUACUGGUUAAUUAUUAAAACAUCUUCAUAUAAUUGUUCCCAUCUUGUGUGCUUGUUGUGUGAACACAUAUUUUCCGCAAAUACAUGUUGUCCCAACCAUUUCCAGAUUUUUGUAUCCGUUGAUUAAUGUUUUGACAACCUGGCAAAUGUAUUAAUUUCCAAGCUGCCGCCCGCCCGCCCCGUCAGCCGCCUCGGGCUCCACGAGUGCAGCUCAGCUCAGCUCGGCUCGGCUCGGCUCGGCAUGGGAUGGUGGCCCAGGAUGGGAUACUGGUGGCCACCCCCGGGCACCGCACUGUGUCACCUGGAGAUGCUCUCUGCAGGAAAAGCAGCUGUUCUCAGAUUUAAAUAUAAUAAAACAUGUGAUACCCUCCUCCAAAACAA